GGAACAAGUGCAGAACAGGACAAUCGCUUCAGCAACAAGCAGAAGAAGCUGUUGAAGCAGUUGAAAUUUGCAGAAUGCUUAGAAAAGAAGGUGGACAUGAGCAAAGUAAAUCUGGAAGUAAUCAAACCAUGGAUAACAAAACGAGUAACAGAAAUCCUUGGAUUUGAAGAUGAUGUAGUAAUUGAAUUUAUAUUCAACCAGUUGGAAGUGAAGAAUCCAGAUUCCAAAAUGAUGCAAAUCAACCUGACUGGUUUUUUGAAUGGGAAAAAUGCUAGGGAGUUCAUGGGAGAACUGUGGCCACUGCUGUUAAGUGCACAAGAAAACAUUGCUGGUAUUCCAACUGCAUUUCUGGAACUGAAGAAGGAAGAAAUAAAACAGCGACAGAUAGAGCAAGAGAAGCUGGCUUCUAUGAAGAAACAAGAUGAAGACAAGGAGAAGAGGGAUAAGGAAGACAAAGACAACAGAGAAAAAAGAGACAGAUCCAGGAGUCCACGAAGACGCAAAUCAAGGUCUCCUUCCCCUCGAAGGAGGUCAUCGCCUGUCAGAAGAGAGCGAAAACGCAGCCAUUCUCGCUCCCCUCAUCACAGAACCAAGAGCCGUAGCGCUACUCCUGCGCCAGAAAAGAAAGAGGCGACUCCUGAGCCAGAACCCUCUGUGAAACCAAAGGAGACUGUUGUUCAAGAGGCAACUUCAAACAGUGAUAUCCCAAAAGCUCCUAAACCCGAACCUCCUGUACCAGAGACUAAGGAGGCUUCACCAGAACGUAAUUCAAAGAAGGAGAGGGAGCGGGAGAGGGAGAGGGAGAAGGAGAAGACUCGUCAAAGAUCCCCAACUCGGUCCAAGUCAAGGUCACGGUCUCGAUCACGUUCUCCAUCUCAUUCUCGACCAAGAAGGCGUCACAGAUCACGGUCAAGAAGGCGACCGAGCCCAAGACGACGGCCAUCUCCAAGGAGAAGGAGCCCUCCAAGGCGAAUGCCUCCCCCACCCAGACACAGAAGAAGCAGAUCCCCUGUGAGGCGGAGAAGACGAUCAUCAGCAUCCUUAUCUGGCAGUAGCUCUUCCUCCUCCUCUUCACGUUCCCGGUCACCACCAAAGAAACCACCUAAAAGAACUGUAUCCAGUCCUCCUCGUAAAACGCGCCGGCUCUCUCCUUCCGCGAGCCCUCCGAGGCGGAGGCACAGACCAUCUCCACCACCGAGUCCGCCUCCAAAACCACGUAGGUCUCCAACACCCCAGCAGUCGAAUCGUGCAAGAAAAAGCCGUGGCUCUGUUUCACCUGGCAGAGCAUCAGCACCCAAACAUAAGAGCACUGAAAAAAGAGAAUCUCCUUCGCCAGCACCAAAACCAAGGAAGGCAGAACUGUCUGAAUCGGAAGAAGAUAAAGGAGGUAAAACAGCUGCAGCAGACUCUGUUCAACAGAGGCGUCAGUACAGAAGGCAGAAUCAACAGUCUUCAUCUGAUUCUGGCUCUUCGUCCUCAUCUGAAGAGGAAAGACCGAAGAGAUCCAACGUGAAGAACGGGGAAGUUGGUAGGCGCCGCCGCCAUUCACAUUCACGCAGUCCAUCGCCAUCUCCACGGAAACGACAGGAGUCCUCCCCUCGCAGGCGGAGGAGGAGCCCAUCGCCCCCGCCGGCCAGGCGGCGACGCUCUCCGUCACCCGCCCCUCCACCCAGGCGGCGGCGGUCACCUUCAUUGCCUCGUCGAAGGUAG